AUGUCUUCGUUCGUUUGUCUCUCUCCUGACCGCAUCAUGCUGUCCUUCUGCUCCAACAGAAUUUUGCGAGCCCCGUCUUCACUCUCUCUUGGGACUUUCAUCGAACACCUUCCGACCUUCUCACCGUCAGCCUCCACCUUUCGCAGAAUCAACCGCAAGGCAUUCACAACAAACGCAUCUCUCUCCACUCCUUUAAUCGAAGCUCUAAGUCCUCGUCAGAAAGAGCAGAUUGACCUAUACGUCGACACUCUUCUUCAAUGGAAUCAGAAGAUGAAUCUUACGGCUGUCACCGAGAAGAGUGAGGUAAUGGAGAGGCAUAUUGACGACUCUAUGGCGAUUAUACCGCCAAUUCAGACAUAUCUCUCACAAUAUGGAACUUCGUUUGAUGAUCUGAAACUGGUAGACGUGGGGUCUGGAGCUGGUCUUCCUGGAUUAGUCCUAGCCAUAGCCUGUCCUGGUUGGAAAGUGACGUUGAUGGAGUCUAUGGUUAAGCGGUGUGCAUUCUUGGAGCACACAGCAGGUCUUAUUGGACUCUCAAAUGUUCGAGUUAUUCGUGGUAGAGCCGAGGACUUUGGACAAGAUCGUUCCACUAGGGAGAUUUUUGAUGUUGCAGUUGCAAGAGCAGUAGCAGAAAUGAGAGUUUUAGCUGAGUAUUGUCUCCCAUUGGUUCGAGUGGGUGGCUUAUUCGUUGCUGCUAAAGGUCAUGAUCCUGCGUUGGAGGUUAGAAGAGCAGAAAAAGCAGUUAGUUUGAUGGGUGCUUCAAUACUGCAGAUAUGCUCGGUUGAAUCACAUGGGCCUUAUGGACAAAGAACUGCAAUUGUGGUUCGAAAAGACAACCCCACCCCAAGGAAAUAUCCCCGUGAUCCAGGAAUACCAGCAAGAUUACCAUUGUAAAAGAGGCUCCAUCUACUGCUUAUUGUUUAAUAUGUAACAGUUGACGAAAUUCUAUAGACGCGACACUGAAUUUGUAUAAGUUAUCAUUUUACAUUGUUAUUUGAAUGGAGAGAAGGUUGAUUGAUGUAAUUCUAUAUCAUAACUGUUGAUACAUUUAAAUCCUCGGUUUCCUUUGAA